UGAUAAUGUAUCUGUGAAUAUACAGUUAUUUUUUUGGAUAAACAGGAGUAUUUUCUAAUAAUUGAAUAAAAAUGUAUUAUUUAAGCUAAUAAUCUUAUCAGCAGUAGACUUUAUAGUAAAGGGUUGAUUACCACAUCGCUCUUAUGCAAACUUGGGUAUGUUAGUACAUGUAGGGUUGAACAACCUGCUUGGAUUGUGGUGAUUAGUUUAUCUUGUGUCUUUUAGCAGGCUGGUGGUAGCAGGGAAAGAAAAUAUCAGUCAAACUCGCUUAUGACUCCAGGGACCAAGUAGGCCUCGCUACAGAUAAACCUAGCUUUGAGUUAGAUUUAUAGCUUUUGGUUAGACUCCAUCGAGGUAGGAGGAGCUGGAUCAGGUCGGACUCCACCUCCUGGAUUUUUGGUUCUGGAGUGUGGAGUACUCUGUUUGACUCUGAGCUCUGGUUUCUGUGUGUGUGGAGUUUUGCAUGUUCUCCACUAGGGAUGGGCGAUAUAGACUUAACUAUAUCACGAUAUUUCAUGCUAUUUUUUGCGGUAACGCUAUAACGGUAUGAAAAUAGUAUCAUUCAACACUUAUCUUUUUUGGCUACAUCAGCAUACGGUCUCGAGAGCCAUCUGAUUCACAUCUGAUCUUCUGUGUCUGAACCACUUCCAUAUUACGGUGGAAGCUAUUUUUUUGGGGAUUAAUUCUUCUUCCUCAUCUAGGAUUGGAACUCUGCCUUCCACCAAGCUUGUUCUUGUUCUACGUGUGAGAUGACCACGUUGCGGCGCGUAAACACGUCAAUCAACUAUAUUGUCAAUAUCACGGGAUGACAAAUUCUUAUCAUGGGGAGGAAUUGUACCGGUAUAUCAUGGACGAUAUGAGACUGCACAGCCCUACUCUCCACAUGUCAUGGGUUUCCUCUAGCUUCUCUGAUUUCCUCUGACUUCGCAAAAAACAAGCCAGGAAGUGGUCUGGCUAAGCUAAAUAGCCCCUGUGAAUGUGUCAGUUGCAUGGUGCCCUGCAGUAGAUCGUCAUCCCAUCUAAGCAGUUACUGAAGAUGAAUGAAUGAUUUUCUUUUAGAGCUGUGCAAUAGUGCAUAGUCUUUUUAUUGACCUGAAAUGUCAGGUGUGUUGCACAGCAGAGAUGCAGAGUGUGCUUGUAUAGUCUGAGGGUCUGUACUGCUGACUCACGGUGAAGCCAUGUCUCUCCUGAGCACCAGAACAGGCAGAAGGAUGGCAGACCUGACGCUGAGCGAUGCUCUGACUGACAGCGUGUCCCAGCCUGUUGAGGAGAACAUAGUGGAGAGGGACUUCAUAGCCACGCUGGAGGCGGAGACCUUUGAGGACAAGGUCGGGGAGACAGUGGGCAAGACAGACUAUAUCCCACUACUAGACGACGAUGAAAAGGCAGAAACAGGUGCAGUGUUGGAGAAUGGAGAACAGAAUGCCCAAGGGGCACCCAAACCUGCCCAGCACCUCCUUUCCUGUCUUCACCACACACAGCCACCUCACCACGUGACUACGCAGCAAGUGCAUCAGAGAGACGACUUUUUAGGAAACCUGUGGGAUUACCACUACUUCUCCCCUCUUACUAGACUCCCACGAUGGACUUGUGCGCUGCAGGAAGAGCCGAGUAAUAAGACAUUACCAGGAUUAGACUGUGGUUGGGAUGAAGGCACUGUAGGUUUAUCAGGGACACCAGGGGAACAGAUUUCAGUGUCACACCAGGAGCUGCAGAAGGAAGUGCAGCCACAUCUAUUCGAUCAGCAGGCCUUGGUGUCGGACUUAUUGCCAGGCUCUAUGGCUGGUUUUCCCGAUCACUGGGGUGCUCAGUCUCACCCCUCCCAGAUGGUGGAUACUGGCUUCAUGGGAACUUUCUCAGGUUUCCCUCAGCCAAUAGGAUUGGGGACAAACAUGGAUGGUGGAGUUGCAUCACUCCAAUCAGAAAAACCUUCAAGCAUUGCAGACACCCAGCAACCACCACUGUUGGCUACAGAGGCACCUAUAACACCUAAGAACACUUUGGACUUGUCUGCAGGUGUCUUUGGUGACCGCUGGCCAGAUGAUGCUGGCAUUCCCUCUGACCUGCCCUUCACUCCCAGUGUUUCUACUGUGAUCAGUCGCCAUGCAGGCCAUCUAACAGAGAGCCAUCAAAGUGUCCCUGACCACCAGUGGUCCCUCAGAGAUAGUGGUCUGGGGGACAGAGAUGAAAGAGAAAAUGAGGGUACUGAUCACAAAAAAGAGAAGAAGAAGAAGAAAAGAAAGCCCAAGGAUGAAGUCUUUGACCAAACAGAAAGUAAGAGUAAGCAAGAAAUGCAGAGUGAGAACAUUGAUCUGCUUGAGGGAUCCCAUCAGAUGUCGUCACGCAAGGAACGUGAUCGAGAUGAAGCCUGGCAGCAUCAGGAUAUCAGUCGGGCUGGUGGAAGGAUCAAGAAAGGCAAAAGCCGUAAGAAGAUUCCAGAAGAGUGGGCAAUUCAUGCAGAGCCCUUUGUCCCUACUUCACCCCUAAUGUCUCAUGAUUUUGGAACUGAAUUAAUAAGUUGUCCAGUACCUGGAGACAUUCAAGCCUGUGGCCAAAGCCUGAUCUCUCUCACUGAGGUUUACCCUGAUGAGGGCCUCAUGCCAUCAUCACUUGCCAGUGAUCUGCUUUCACUUACGGCUAGUUCUCCACCAGCACCAGAGGAAUCCAGCCUUGCAGCUCACUCAGCAACAUCCCACUGUGAGGGACCAGGCUUUUCAACCACAAGCCAUUUGUCUGUGUCAUCUGGUUUCCAUGAUAUGCUUAUGGAAACGGAUAGUGGUGACAUGGGUAGUACCAAAGAUGCCUUUCCCCUCCCUGUAACAGUGAGUAAAGCUGAUCCUCAUGUGUCUGUGGUGAAUCCCCAGUGCUUUGUGCCUAGUGAGGGAGCCUUUGAAGAGGUCAUGUUUGAACAAGAGCCAUCCUUUGUUGACCCAGCAAUGGGGACCCAUGUUUUGGAGGAUGUCCCUGUGGUUGAUCCCUUGAUGUCCACUCCUGGUAAAGCUGGUUUUGGAUCAUCUAUGGAAGCUUUGAUCUCAGCUCCUCCAUUCUCACCAUCUCAAACUGCUUGGUCCCUUAAUGGCUCAAACCUAAACAACCAGAGCGAGGUCUUUGACAUCUCAGGCAUGGAGGGUACUACCUAUGAUGCACCUCUGCAAGUACCUUUACCAUCACCAAAAAGCAAAACUCCAAAAGAGGCCAAGUCAAAGCAAAACAGGAAGUCCCGCUCAUCCUCAUCAAAGAGUCCCACAUCAGAAGCAAAACUGCCCUCUCCACAAAAUUCUGGUUUGAACCCUGCUGCGCCGCCAUUCUUCCCUAGCUUUGCUGAACCCCGAGAACAUGUGACAGACCUGCCUGCCAUGCUGCAAGAGGAGGAAAGCAUGUCCUCUCUCUCCAACCAACAGCCAGCAUCUCCAUUCUCGGAGUACAGUGAGCUAUGCAAAGGUUCUUCGAUGUCCACACCCCCUGCCACACAGGGAUGGGAUUGGCAGCAUGGUGACAUUGGGUCUCCAAGGAACUUUGCUGGUACCACACGAGCACUGGGGCUGACUGAUGAAGAUAAGCUGUGUUUCUUUGACCCUCCAGCAGCAAUGGGCAAGGAGACAGAACUGCAGGUGCCUGGAAGAAGUGCAAUUCCUGGGAGCAUGUCAUUAAGCAGUGUAGGGGAGAGUCUAGAGAGCCCUCUGUCAUCAUCUCCCUCACCUGCAUCCCCUGGGAAAUUCACAGCAUCUUUAGAAUCUGCAGGUAACAGUGGGAUGAUGCCCCUUUCACAACUUUCAGGAUCAUCUUCACAGAACACUGAUGUCCCUUCCCCUUUUGAAUCUGUGAAACCAGCCAGUGUAGCAGAAUGGAAUCCAUCACCACAUGGCCUAAGUACAGAGACCAGCCCCAAGAUGGGCUCUCCCCAAGCACCCCCUAACUACUGUGUCAUAGGAGUUGUUAACGAUAAAUACCUUGAGGGUGGAAAUGAAGGUGUUGGUGGAAGACCGGCGGCUGAGGGAUCAUCAAAUGAGAGUGAGGAGGAGGGCGAGGUUCUUGAGCCUUGUUUCAUGGGUCGAGCUGAGCAGCAGAGGAAGGCUAUGAGGAGAGCCAUGUCCGAGUGUUCCCAUUUGUCUGUGCCAGCCAGCAUUCAGCUACCAGACAAGUACCCUGGUGGAGGAAUGCUAGAUGAGCUGACCUCGCCAGGAGGAGGACCCCGUCGGCCUCACACCGGGGGCAUGAAACGCUCACUCACUGUGGCAGACGAUCAGCCCCCAACACCUCCACCAACCCUCUAUGCUACUGGAGCUCGUAACGACUUGAGUCAUGGAACUGGGACAACACUUCAUCUAACCCCAUUUCCACCACUCAAGAGUAAUGGAAGCUUUCCGCUCUCACCCAUGGAGUAUGUUCCAGAGGGUUCAAUUGUAGACAAGGACCAGGGUGUACUGUUGCCAGUGCCUAUCACAAGCCGAGCUCUCAAUGGCAGCACUACUGGUACUGAAGGCAGCGUCAGUCUGUUCCCUGUACUCGAGGUCAAAACAGAGAAAAUCCAGCCAGAGGUGGAAAAAAUAGAGAGCCUGGAGAAGGCUGAUGUGUUCAUCAAAGUGGACAAGAUGGACGAGGUUGAGAAGACUGACAAGCCUGACCAGGUGGCCAAAGUCAAAGAGACCGAUAUAAAAGACAAAAAGGAAAACAAGGAUAGUAGUGAAAAGCAAGAUGCUUUUAACAAAGUGGCCAAAGUCGAAGAGACAGAUAUAAAAGACAAAAACAAGGACAGUAGUGAAAAGCAAGAUGCAUGUAACAAGGUGGCCAAAGUCGAAGAGACGGAUAUAAAAGACAGAAAGGAAAACAAGGACAGUAGUGAAAAGCAGCAUACAUUUGACAAGGUGGAAAAAGUCAAAGAGACAGAUAUAAAAGACAAAAAGGAAAACAAGGAUAGUAGUGACAAGCAAGAUACAUUUAACAAGGUGGGAAAAGUCGAAGACACACCUGUAGCUGAUGAGUCAGAUAAACCAGACAAAACUGAGCAGCCUGACAAGACAGAAAAGAUGCAUAUACCUGAAAAACCAGAUACAAGUGAAAAUGUAGAGGCAGUUGAGAAAAUUCCUGAUAUAAAAGUUAGUGAGGGUAAGAUAGAUUUGUCUCCAGACAUGGACAAAGAGGUGAAAGUGGAAAAGGUGGAAAAUGUAGAAAAGGUAGCAUUGAAGGCAGAAACUAGCAAAGUUGAAAAAGACAAAACAGAAGAGGGAAGUGAGAAAGACAAGCUCGAUCAGAAGCCUCAUGAGAAUACAGAAAAGGACAAAGCUGAGGAAGACAAGCUUGAUCAGAAGCAAGAAAAAGAGAAAGCUGAAAACGAAGUUGUUGAGUCGUGCAAAGAUGUAGCCCAAAAAACAGAUGCUGUGGAAGAGACAAAGCUGUCUGAGAAACUGGAAAAACAGGAGAAAACAGAAAAAGCUGGAACAGAGGUGAAAAAAGACCCAUCUGCAAAAGUGGAGAAAGAAGACAAAACUGAAAAGGCCAAAAAAGCGGCACCUAAACCUGUGGCAACUAGUGGUGCCAGAACUGCACCAGGAAAAGACCUGCCUAGUCCAGAGAAGAAAACCAAGCCUGCUACCAUGACAACCAAACCGAGCAUGGCCAAGCCCCGGUUAAGCACGGUGUCCAGUGCUGCAACUGCUCCCAAGCGCCCAACCCCAGCCCCUACCUCCACAACCACCACCUCCGCUACCCUCAGCAAAAAAGCACCCGUGCCCAAGGCACCCACACCCACGGCUGGCACCAAGCGUCCUGCUUCGGCUGCCAGUCGUCUCUCCACCACAACCACAGUGCCCAGUGAGGUCAAGCCUAAGAUGGCCACAGAGUCGUCAGUGCCAAAGUCCCAUGCUGCUCCAUCCCGGUCCACAGCCCCCAAAAAUGGUACAUCUACCACAGCAGUGAGCAAAACCAGCACAUCAAGUGCCCCCACAGCACGGCGCUCUCUGGCUACAAAGACUGAGAACAAAACAGGGGAGGAGAAGAAGCCAAGUACUUUGAAGACCACAGACUCCGCCAAGCCCAAAUCUGCAACUGCCAGACCAUCCACCGUUACCAGUAGUACCGCAACCCGCACCCGUACCACUAAACCUACCACGACCACUAACAACAUGACCAGCACAGUGCCAGAAAGGAAGCCUCCUGUACCCCGUGCUCCUCGAGCCAGCUCCACUACCACAACAACUAGUACCACCACCAGAACCAGCAGCCGCCCAGCAACAGCUCCAGCCCCUGAUGUUAAAAAUGUCCGCUCCAAGAUUGGCUCUACGGAUAACAUCAAACACCAGCCUGGAGGAGGCAAGGUCACAGUUUCUCAAAGCAAGACGGAUGCUCUGGCUCAGGGCUCCCUCUCCAAAGAGACCAGCCAGGGCAAAGUUCAAAUAGUCUCCAAAAAGGUGGACUACAGCCAUGUUACAUCUCGCUUGGGUUCCAAGGACAAUAUCAAGCAUGUCCCUGGUGGUGGGAAUAUCCAGAUUCUCAGUAAGAAGGUUGAUGUGAGUAAAGUGACUUCAAAGUGUGGUUCAAGGGUCAAUAUCAAGCAUAAGCCAGGCGGUGGCGAUAUAAAGAUUGAGUCUCAUAAAGUGAACUUCAAAGACAAAGCCCAGUCUAAGGUGGGUUCCUUGGACAACGUCAGCCAUGCACCAGGAGGGGGGAAUAUUAAGGCUGAGGGGCAACAGGAGACAGUUGAGGGCAGUGGGGCUACCUCUAGUGGCUCAGCCGGCCCAGCCCAGGAGAAUGGGCUGAAGGAGGGCACUGCAUGUGGGGGCGAGGCACUCCGGGACCCCCAGGGCCUGGAUUCUCUCAUCCCUGAAACAAGCAUCUAAUUCUGCUUUUUGCUAUCACCUUAUCAUUUCAUUUCCAAAACACCUCCUGUCCACCUCCUCUUCCUACUUUGCUCUCCUUUUGUAUCCAAUUCUUGUCCUGUCUUUCUGUUUUUCCUAUCCAAUACUCCCUGCUGCAGAUUGAAUCUUUCAAGCUCAGCUUCCGCGAGAACGCCCGCUCUCGCACGGACCACGGCGCUGACAUUAUCACCUGGCCCGUCGUGGGUGACAGCCCUGCCCACCCCCAUCCGCUCCGCAGCAGUGUCUCAUUCAACGACUCAUUGGUGACAGCCCACUUGCCUCGCUCCUCCACCACCCCCGCCCUCCUCUCAGCCUCUCAAGAGCAAGAGGGUGAUGCUGACUCACUCAACACACUCCGCACGUGACUUCCACCACUCAUCUGUUAAUUCUCAUGACCUCAGCCCAUGGGUACACUGUUUCUGUCUGAGUAUUCACUCUGGCGAUUAGUAGGUGCAGAUGAAUUUGGCAGAAUCUAUUCACCGGCCCAUCCUUAGCUUCAUAACUUAUACUCAUACUCAGUUUAUUCAACAUCUUCCCUAGUAGGCUCUCUCCUGAUUUUACUCUGGAAAGUUUGGUCUUAUUCAGUGCUACAGUCUUAGAAUUUAUCUGAUUUCCCAUGACGUAGUUAUCUGGAUAUACAUGACCUGUAUUCUUGUGUUUACACAACUCCCUUUAGAAACGUUGGACCAUAGUGUUGUGUUGUACCUCUUUGUCAGCAUGCGGGGCUGUCAUGUGAUCUUAAUAAGCAUUGACUACCCUGCUUCAGUAUCUUCAAGUCUCAUAACUCAAUCGCUCUCAUCUGUCACUGUCUCUUAAGCAAACUCACAUUUAACAUAUGUAGUCAGUCUCAGCUGUAGGUUUCAAUUAAACUGCUCUAAAAUUGUGGUUUGUGCUGUUUUUGAGUGAAUACUGUGGCUAUGAGCUAUACGUUUGUUUGAUUUUUCAUUUUCUGUAUGCUCGGAUGUUUGAUUGUGUCAUUUGUUUUCUUCUAGUAAAGCAAUACAGCAGUCUUUGCCUAUAGGACAUUAACUACGUCUUGAAACAAAUACACAAAAGGUACAGCUUAGAGUCUCAAACAAAGCUAUAUACAUGUCUCAGAAAGAGUUUACGGUAAGCAGAUGAUGAGGCCUGCAGAACAAUGAAUGUGAGAAAGGACAUGGGCAUGCAAUUAGUGGAUGUUAAAAGAAGUGUGAAUUUAGUGUGAUUGAAGUGAAGCUAUUGAUUAUGUACCACUGGUUCCGUGAUUAAAUGGAGGUUUGAGAUGGAACGGUUAAUUUUUCAGAGAGAGCCUGAAUCAGUAACUACUUUUGGGAAGAUACAGAGGCACUUAGAACGUCAGUUUCACACAAAAUAUUUUGUUUGGCUUGCUCAGUUGUUGCUUUUGAUGGAAUUUAGUUGACCUGUAAAUGUACUUACACAUAGUUCCACUGCCACUACAGGUGGUUUUGGCGUGCAAAAGCAAAGCUUGCCAGCAUAACUUUUAUUAAAGAGUCACUGAAGAAUUAUUUGACAGUCACAUGUAUGUUCCAAAAGCAUGUUGGAGACAACAAUUAUGUUAUAGCUUAUUUCUCUUGUAGCAUUUAAUCUUAGUCACCUCUGAGUAGCCUUUUUAAUGUGGUCAUAAUCAUGUGUCCCACUCAGAAAACCUUACAUGUCACAUAGUUCUUUGGUCCCUUACAGCUAAGAAAGGAAAUUAAUUAAGGAAAUUAAACUGCAAGAAAACAACGCAGUGCAUUUUUUGCCUUAUAUUUCAGCAGUGAAGUGAGCUCAAAAACACUACAAUCAAAUAAAUUCAGAUAUAAGUUAAAUACCCUGUACUAGCACUGAUCACCUUCAUAAUCUUGAAGGUUUUUAAGCACUAUUAUUGAAUCACAGCAAAUCAUUCAAAUUCACAAUAUUAUCUCAGUAAUAUUUAAUAGAUUAAAGUGCCACUGAUGAGAAAAUCAUUUACUCACUAUGAAUUAUGAACUGGGGGGGUAGCAAAGAGUCUUUUGGUUCAUGGGCAAUAACUGUUAUUAUUUAUGUAAUAGUGAUUUUGAAAAAGGAAAGGUUUGUAGAUAUUUGUAUUUGAACUAUGAUGUGCAGCUUUCAAAUGCUCUGAGUAUGGUUCUCGUUGAGGUCUGACGUUAUUUUGUAAUCUUCAGCUAGGUAAAUAAAAUGUUGUGGUCAUUUUAAACUCACUUCCCUGAAUGCAGUCUUUUUUUUUUUUUUUUUUUUUUUUUUUUUUUUUUUUUUUUUUUGUUUGUUAAAUGCAGUGUACUCUGCUUUUUCAUUUAACAGCUAUUGUUUCUCAUUAGUUACUAGCACACUGCUAUAUGUAAAUAUAUAUUUAUACAUUCAAUAUUUGCGCUGGAAGAAAAAGUUGGAAGUAAAAAGAACAUUAAUCAUGUUUUAAAAGGAUGUCGAGUAAAGCUUUGGUAUGUUGUUAAGAAGUGCGCUUGUCAUUUAUUAUUAUUAUUAUUAUUAUUAUUAUUAUUAUUAUUAUUAUCAACAUUGAAAUUUAACUGCCUUUUUCUGAGAAAAGGGCUGACAUGAAAGAAUGUUUUGUAUUUGCGUUUCUCACUUACUGCCAUUGCUUUGGUAUGCUGGUUGUGGCUGUGGGUAGUGGGUUACUCCUGCAAACAACAGACAUCUACAAACUGAUUAUGGAGGCCGAUCAGUUUCACAGAUUACCUUUACCAUCAUCUUCUAGUCUUAAAACAUGAAGAGCACACUGUCAUAUAUACACGUAUAAUGUUCAUACAGUAUCAAAAACAUCAUUGUUUUUGAAUUAUGCUAUUUUAAUGAAGCUAGCUGCCCUAAUAAAGCAGUGAGAGCAGAGAUUAAAAUUGGCUAUGCAGUGUGAAUUUGGAUGUACCACCUUGGCACACUUGAGUAUUUAUCACAGAGCCGCAAACAUGAAGCAUACUACCCUUGUUUGAGUUAUAUUGAGGCUUCAGCAUACAACCACAAUCUUGUGUAAAACAUAUUAUGUUAAAAUUGCCCAUAUGAAAGUGUAAGAAGCCCCAUAAACAUGCUUAAGCUAAAAUAUUGUACUAACAAAAAACAUACUAAGAGCAUGCAGAACAAUUGGGAUGUGUAUGGUAGCCUUGUCAUGUGCAUACAGUGUCUUUUGCAGGUUUUCUUUUUUUUCCCCUCUCCCAUUUAUUUUGAAAUUCAGUUUAUUUUCUGGUUUGAAAGAAGUGUUAAUUGUGGUCAAUUGUUAACUAGUGAUGUGAUAAUUAAACAUUAAAUAAAAUAAUGUGUUUAAAAAUGUU